GAGUAGUACAUUGUAUCUUGUAUUGAAGCUGCAUUGUGUAGCAGUAUACUGUAUACCCGUGCAUUCUACAGCAGUGUAUCGUUUUCUAAAACCCUCGCAUUUUCCCCACACGAAGGAAGCAGCAACAAUGGCUUGGCGCGGUUCGCUUUCCCGAUCGCUGAUGUCCGCCGCUAGGGCUUCCACUCCCCGCUCAUCGCCGCCACACGCCCCCCUGCGUUCUCCUCCUGUUUCUUCCUCUCGCCUCAAUUCACGCCGCCUCUCCUUCUCCAAUCCCAGCACACUGGGGGAGCUGGGAUGCACCCAGUCGCUAUUGUCACUGCAUAGGACAGUGGCAGGAACAAGGUUGACAUCUCAUUUGGCUGACAAUGUGCGAGCUUUCUGUGAGCUGUCCCAUGGUACUCUCUGCCGUUCUUGUCAGGAUCGCUAAUAGUUUCUUUGUACCUGAAUAUAUUUGGACCGGAAGGGCCAGUGCGCUCAAAUCUUGGACUUGGUUAAUAGGUGGUUUUGCAGGAAUUUCCCCUUUGGGGAAAAAUUGAAAUUAAAUCAAUAAUAUGCAUUUUUCCUGUUUUCUUAGUUUAGACUGUUUCAGGUAGAGUCUAAAUUAAAGACAUUUUUAGGCAGCUGAAUAGUGUGUAUUACUGGUAGUUGCCCUCGCUCAUUUUUUACUACCUUUAUCCCUUAAACUAUGCUGCAACAAUUUUUACUGGCAGAAAUUUUCAUUCGUGGUGCUCGAUUAACUUCAAUUGAGCAAAGAGUGCGAGUUAGUAAUGCCCCUUUGCAAUUGUAAACUUAGCCCUUUUCUGAUCGGCAUGGUUUUGUGUUAAGUUUUGUUCUUGAACCGAUUA